AUGUCCACGAAGAAGCCGGAGAUUGCCGACAGUUGGGAAGAUAUCGACGAGGAGCAGUUAGUCAAUGCGAUAACGAUACUGAAAAACUGUACCAGCAUCGACGAGGACAAAGCGGAUACCACCAAGUCUUCCGCGACGUCCGGAAACACGGCACGGCAGAAUUCCCUACCGCAGAUGUUAGAGGAAGAACUGCGCCCGAAGAUGGUGGCCCGACCGAUGCAGAUACUGAAGCGCCCGCAAACCAGCGGCGGAUCGGAAGGGAAGGGUGGUGCAGCGGACAGUAAACCCAAAACACAGAUCAAGUCACUCGACCAACGACGGCAGGAAUAUGCCGAGGCACGGUUGCGUAUCCUUGGUUCUGCACACGAUGACGAGGAAGCCGAGACGAAGAAACCAGCUUCUACUAAUACAAACGGUUAUCGUGUAAACAAUGUUAAUAACAAUGUCGGGUACAGUGGGAAUGUUAGCUCCAAUGCUAGUAGUGCGAGUGGGAGUGGAGGUGGUGGAGGUGGAGAUGGAAUGGCCGGAAAUAGUGCAAAUAACAAUUCGAAUAACCUGUACCGUUUUCAUCAACCGUACCGGCAACAGGCUCCAAUCGGGACGUUUCCACCGGGAAUGCAAAACGUACCACCGGGACGGGGUGCACAAGGGGCACCGGUGGUGUACUAUCCGACAACACCGAACCACCCCCAUCACCACCCACACCAUCCGAUGCACAGUACGCAUCCGUUGCAUCAUCCGCACCAUACGUUUCCACCGAAGCCACACCAUCAACAACACAUACAUCCGCAGCAGUCACACCAGCAUCAACAGCAGCCACCCAGUAGCCACCCGUACCAGCAACACUUUGCGCAGCAUCUUAAUCAUCAGCAGUCUCCGGGGGGACGUGAUGCAAUGUGGUACGUUGGUAUGCGUAAUGGGUUCGGGUAUGGUGAAGGAAUUGGACCCUUGCUCGGGCAUGCACCGCCCGGUGCUAUUCCGAAUCAUACGAAUCCUUAUAAUGGUGGGGCUGGAACAGGAGGUGGAACAACAUUCGGAAAGCCCAACUCUCAUGGUAGUUCGGGCGCAUCGAAUAUCGUUACGAAUCAACAUGUGCUACGUUUGCCUGCCGGACCGGAUGGUUCCCAAGGAUUCAACAUGCGACGGUAG